ACAGAGAGCCGAGCCUCGCAGCGCAGAGCAGAGCAGGGGUGGGGGACAGAAGCAUGGGCUCUCUGUGAUUUGCAGUAAAUGGGAUUAGCCCGCUCAGGGAAACGCUGAUAGUAGUAGUGGUAGUAGUAGAGGACAAGAAGGGAAGAAGGGAGGGGGGAGUCCCGCGUUUAAAGCUGCGCCGCAUGUGGAAACCUUGCGCUGCUCCGUCGGCUGGAGAGAAACCAAGGUCCCCCCCCCCCCUUCCUUUCCAAAAAAACAGACCCGGGUCCAGACCUGCGGUAGCCGUCCGGAUCGACCUCUAGCUCUCCUCUCGCACAUGCCCGGCUAGAUGUGCAGGAGAAGGGGGGGGGGCGUCUGCGCUGCUGGGAGCAUGUUUGAAUCAUCUCGCUGAAAGUUGCAAGGGGGAGGAAAAACAAACCAAAAACAACAACAAACCCAAGUGACCACCUCGCUUGCUUUCUUUUUCUUUUUUUUUUCAUUUCUUUUUUUUGGUGGGAACCAAACUAAUGGAGGGCCAGGCGGGCGAGCCGCACGGCAACGAGGACGUGCGCCGGAGCGGCUACCUCCGCAAGCAGAAGUCCAUGCACCGGCGCUACUUCGUGCUGCGCGCCGCCUCGGAGCGCGGUCCGGCCCGCCUGGAGUACUACGAGAGCGAGAAGAAGUUCCGCGGCAAGGCCCCCGUCCCGAAGAAGGCGGUGGCGCUGGAGACGUGCUUCAACAUCAACAAGCGGGCCGACUCCAAGAACAAGCACAUGAUCGUGCUGUACACCCGCGCGGAGAGCUUCGCCGUGGCGGCGGAGAGCGAGGAGGACCAGGACGAGUGGUUCCAGGCCAUGGUGGAGCUGCACUGCAAAAGUAAAAAUCCCAGUGACAGCGCGACUUCAGGAGACUAUGGAGCACCUAACCCGGGACCUGCGUUCAAAGAGGUUUGGCAGGUGAAGGUGUGGCCCAAAGGCCUGGGUCAGGCCAAGAACCUGGUGGGCAUCUAUCGCCUUUGCCUUACCGACAAGACGGUCAACUUCGUGAAGCUGAACUCGGACGCAGCAGCUGUGGUGCUCCAGCUGAUGAACGUCAGGCGCUGCGGACAUUCAGAAAACUUUUUCUUCAUCGAGGUGGGACGCUCUGCUGUGACGGGCCCUGGCGAGUUUUGGAUGCAGGUGGAUGAUUCUGUGGUGGCCCAGAACAUGCAUGAAACCCUGCUGGAGGCCAUGAAAGCCCUGAGCGAGGAGUUCCGUCAGCGCAGCAAGUCUCAGUCAAACUCUGGUCCCGGAGGAGGCGCCACAGCUUCCAACCCCAUCAGCGUCCCUUCGCGCCGCCACCACCCUAACCCUCCUCCCAGCCAGGUGGGCUUCCUCCGCCGUCCCCGAACUGAGCCCUCCUUGGGCGCCGCUGCUGGAGCGGCGGUUGGCAGUUCCAGUGCCUCUCCCACGCCUCGACACAGCUUCCCGAGGUCGCGCACUGCCAGUGAUGGGGGGAGAAGUGAGGAUGGGAUGGCAGGCACCACACCCCUUCACGGUGUAAACUCCAGUCCUUCUACCAACGGCUCCUGCUCUACCACCCCAAUCCUCAGGUCAAAGUCAGCCCGCUCAGUCCCCACCACAGCUGCUAAAACUCCCUUUGGGUUGAUGCGCUCCAUCUCAACCCCAGCCCCGUCCCCAUUGCCGGCCCCGAGUAUCUCGUCCAGCUCUGGGCAAGGAUCUGAGUUUGGCGGUAUUACAUCUGCCGGAGCUGUUUCAGGGUCUGGCACUUAUACUCGUGUACCGUCUCAUCAUACCUCAGUCUCGUACUCACCCAGUGAUUACGGCUCCUCAGAUGAGUAUGGUUCCAGUCCUGGGGAUCACACGGUUCUCCCCUCUGUGAGCCUGCCAGGAAGCUCUGUCAGCAGCACCGGCAGCCAGUCCCUUGGCGAGGAUGGAGCAAACUACAUCCUGAUGAGCCAAUCCAGUGGGAGCGGAGGUGGCAUCAGCAACAGUAAUCAAGGUGCAGUGACGUCCAGCUCCCAGCCAGUGCCAGGAACACCAACUAAUGCCUCACUGCCCCAGACUAGGAGGGUGCUGCGUCGCUCAUCUAGCCGUGAAUGUGAGGCUGAGCGUAGGCUUCUGAGCAAGCGUGCCUCCUUGCCUCCUAUGGCUCUGGAAAGACUGGCCCCACAUCAGCGCAGAGCUGAGGACCCUGCAGAUGGAGAUUCAGCUGAUUAUGCCAUUAUGUCGAGGAGCACCAGUCGGGAGUCCUUUGCAUCUACCUGCCUGUCUACUCAAAGAGAAUCGACCAUGGGCUCUUGUGUAGGGGGAGGAGGGUACUUGGAUGUAGCAGGAGAGCUAAAAGCAGAAGGCGCUCCAGGAGCAGUUGCUGGUGUGGACAAUGGGUAUAUGUCAAUGCUACCUGGAGUCACCCAGACUCCUGUUUCCUCAUGUCAAACAAUGACCGUCUCUGUUCCAGAAUCAGAUUCCAAACCUGCUGAUGACUAUAUGGCAAUGACCCCCAACAACAGUGUGUCUCCUCCGCAGCAGAUUCGUCCCCUGCCGGCGUCUGACGGCUACAUGAUAAUGUCACCCAACAGCAGCUGCUCUCCUGACCAGCGUGGAAGCCUCUCUGAAGGUCCUUGGGUCGGCAGCGCUGACAGCAGGGCCGGUAGCGACUACAUGAACAUGUCUCCAAUUAGCGGACCUUCUGUAAAUGGCAGCCCCCCAGCCAAUGAGCACCCCUGCCAUUUGGAGACUGGCUUGCAGCAGCAGCAGCCCCCAAAGAUGGUAUAUUCGUACUACUCCCUUCCCAGGUCGUACAAACAUAACCCCACCUCUGGGCUUUUUGAUGACGGGCCCGGACGAAGUAGCCGUCCCAAUGGGAGCUGCAGCAGGGGAGCGGGGAGUGGUAGAAACUCUGUGGGGCAUCAGGAGAAGCCAGCUAGCAGUUCAGGGGCUGGACGACACCAGUCACUCUCUUCGUCCUCCUACUCUUCGAGCUCAGCUAGCAGUGAGAGUCUUGGCGAGAACGAUGAUAGGACUAACCAGGCACUCGGUCAUCUGGCAAGUGGAUCUCUGUCCAAAGACGGGAGCAAGAUUGCUCAGAAGCUGGGCUCUGGUGGGUUAAAGAAGCAAGGUAGCCACUUUAGAAACAGACCAGUAAGCCUGUUUGUAGACGUAUCCAAGGCUAACACUCUCCCCAGGGUCCGCGAGAACCCCCUUCCCCCAGAGCCUAAGAGCCCUGGAGAGUAUGUAAGCAUUGAGUUCAAAGGGGAGCAGUGCAGCCGCGCCAGGGUAGGAGCUGGGCGAGGCAGAGGGCUCAGACAUGGAUCAUUGCUGAGUCAUGGCUCAAGUAACCAGCAUCCUCAAAACAGACCAGCGUCCUCUGUUGAGAACUUUAACCCCCUCUCUCAUAGCCCCUCUCCCCCAGUCUCUCCACCGACUGCCUCAGAGUACGUCAACAUGGACCUUGGCCCUUCACCAUCCCCUUCACCCCAUUCCAACACCCAGUUAGUUUUCCCACCUUUCCACACACCUCCCACGCCUCCAGCUCUUGCUCACGCCCCCAAAACCUGUAAGGAAGGAGCUGUUGGUCUCUGUGACGGCGCUGUUGAAGCUGCCGAGCCAACCCUUAGGAAAAGCAGAGAAGGUGUUCCCUCAGUGACCGAGUCUCCGACAUCCUGUGGGGACUACACAGAGAUGGCCUUCAGCUUGAACAACAACACCGCCCCUCGGUCACCCACAAUUGUCUCCCCCAAAGCCCCCUCUCCCACAAGAACCGAUCCCUCCAUUUCAGUGCUCUCUCGGUGCCUAGACUUCCCCUUAGGCAAAUCAGGACUGAACCCAGAUCAGGGGGCUAAAGUGAUCCGGGCGGACCCUCAAGGGCGCAGGAGGCACUGCUCAGAAACCUUCGUGGCCACACCGCCCCUGUCCACCUCUGCUUCUACUUCUUCUUCAACUGCCUCCCUCUUUCCAGAGCACACCCAGGCUGUCGCCCGCCGCCUGGGCUUCGAGAGCAUGCUGUGGGGGAACGGUGCCGUCACCGAUCCUCCUACUCAGCUUCCACCACCCGCGCAGCAGUCCCUUCCCACAAACAAUCAGACCUUAUCCAUAGAACAAGGUCUUAACUACAUAGACUUGGACUUGGUCAACAAAGACAGUCCCCACGCUUGCCUGGAAGGUGCCACGGGAGGGCAGCCCCAAUCUCGGCUGUUCUCUGUUCUUGGUUCAGGCUCCGGGGUCGGGGGAAUGGGGGCAGCAGCUGGCGGGAGCAGCAAUACCAGCCUCAACACGUACGCCAGCAUUGACUUCUACAAAUCCGAGGAGCUACGGACACAUCCGAACGGGAACAAAGAGGGAACAGAGUGCUGAUGUCAGUGAUUCAUCCUUGGAGAGACAAUCUGGUACCACUCAAAGCGCUUCAGUGCUCCACCUUUUUCUCCUGUGACGGCGAAUCACAUGGAAAGAGCUGCUGGAUUGGACGCAACCCUGAAGCACUUUGACAUAAACUGAUGGAAAACUUCUUCUUUUUUUCCCCCUCGCUUUCAUCCGGUUGGUUGAGCAAACCAGCAGGGAUGUGUGCCAAAUGAUAUUCUUAAAAAGCUAUUCGCUGCUCUCAUUUUCUCAAGUGAAAGCCAAUCAGAGGACGGUACAGAAUGGAGAAUAGUGUGUUGUUUUUUUAGUUUUUUUUUUAAUGUUUUGUUUUUUUAAAACCUCUAAUGAUGAAAGAGUACAAAUGUGGCUAACUGGUAUGUAAAAAAAAAAAAAAGAAAAAGAAAAGAAAGAAAAUAUAUAGAAAUGCAUAGCUGCUCUAAAAGUGCCUCAUUUUCAGAUUGUAGCCAUUCUAAAAAGCUAAAGCUUUGGGUUAUGUUGCUUCAGUCUUGAGUUGAAGUAAUUUCAGUAUAAUUACAGCAGAAGGUGCUGAUAAGGAUCAAUAGCCUAUUUUUUAAAUCGCCGAUGCGUUCAUGUCAUAUAGGAUCAAUGUAAGAGGCUGGAAAGUUUAUGUAGAUUACAGAGGAUCCCCUGAGCGCUGACAACUGAUUUAUAGACACAAUAUUUAUAGUCUCUAUAAUUAGAAACAGCUCUGUUUUCAGCAAAUAUGCCAUCGAAACUCCCACACGCAGACAGCAUUUCUUCUGCUUUAGCUUCGUGGUGUAAAGAGCUUUGCAGCACCUUUUCCACUAAAAUAUUUUUGUAUGUCUUACAAACAUUUAAAUAGUUCAUUUGAUAAACAAUCACGCCUUGAGCUGAAAAAAAAAACUAUUGCUGAUUUAUAUGAUCCGCACAUUCCAAAAUUUUCUGGAAAGUAAAUUUUCACCUUGAAUAAAUGUUAUUUAAUCUCAAGUACCUGUGAUAGCUUAUUGGUUAUAAUUCAAAACACUCAGGGCUGUAUUUUAUCUGAAAUAUUUGUUUUUACUAAGGCGUUAGUGGAUUUAGUUAAGAGAACGUUUCUGGGUACUUCUACCACUGCCAGUUCGGAUGUGUAUGGAAAGAAAAGCUAAAAAAAAGAAAGCAUGACACUCGUCAAAUCAUCCCCUUUAGUACUGCAGCCAUUAGGUUGGUCUGUUUUAUAACUGAUGUAAAAAUCUGCAUUUGUUAUGCAAAAUAAAUACUUUCUUGUGAGCGGUGGAAAAAAGGUGGUAAUGGAGGGGUCUUUUAGAAAGCAUUUUUUUUUUUAACUUUAUGUCCUGUCAUGUAAACCGUUUAAUUGGACGUUUCUAAGUAAUUUUCAUCCAUAUGUGCUUAAGUCAGAGUAUUCUACCUAAUGAAUCAGAGCCAUUGAAUAAGCUCAAAUAUGACUCCUCAGAUGAUCUAUUUUUUUAUUUAAAUCAGAUUUUUACCUUAAAUGAAUGUUCAAAUACAUACCAAUGGCGAUGACUCAUCACCUUUUAAUUAAAAAACUCAGGGCUUUAGUUUAAAUUAAUUUUUUGACAACGUAUUUAUGGUCCUAAUAAAAACAAAGAUGGUUUGCCACAUUGAGGCUCAUUGACCCCUUAAAAAUGGCAAAACAUGAGGGGCAAAUAUUGACUCACUCAAAACCCAUAAAUGAUGUAAAAAAAAAAAAAUCACUGUUUCCUAAAAGGGGACUAAAAUCCUGCCAGAACGCCAUUUUAUCUGUCAGCACCUCCUUCUGAGCACUGUUUUAUCCGGUCAGUGAACAUCGAGUUUAGAUCACACAGAAUGCAAUGAACACCUGUUUAUGAGAGGUGUAAGUACAAUCAGAUUCUGGCAGGGUUUUCACCAACCUUCAGGGCAUCUUGACUUCAAAAUGGCGAUUUCAUUUUAUUUAUUUUUUUAUCACACAAUACCAAUAUUUGGCACGUUUGGGUUGCCGUACUUUCCCAUGCACUGGGCAAGCACCAGUGCACCAAGAUGACACAAAUGAUUGGAAUUUAGCCAUUGGUGGUUUGCUCUCAAGUUGUAAUACUCAAAAAGGAGGAGUAGCCAGUCUAGAAUGGGUUGGUGUGUGAGUGAAAUCAAGAGGCCAAUUAUUUGGCAUGUGCGUAUACUGCAAAUGUGCUUUGCUCAUUUGUCUAUCUGUCCUUGAAACUGAACUUCUCAGAGCUACUCUAUAAUUUUAUAACUUCAUUGGAAUUGCUCAACAUACCCUAUUAUUACGAAAAGUUUUUUUUUUUAUGACACAACUCAACAAAGUAAGAAAGUUGCCAUGACAAUAACUCCAAUAUGACAUGAACGCAGAGUUUUUGUGAACAUUAAAGAUGUAACCAGUGCUAGCAAGCUGCUAGUAUUCUUUUCUACUGUGACAAAUAUUAGCAAAGCUGCCGUUAGCUCUCUGCUAAUUGAUGUGUUGCGUUUAAUAGCAUUUUCUUUUUUUUUCUCCUCACUUUUUUUUUAUCCACUGUUUACUUUUCAUAUUUGCUGUUCAGUGAGCCAUAAACAAAAGUGUUCAAAUCCAUGGGCUUGAAACUAAAUGGCACUUGUAGCAGGGAGUAGAACAGCUUGCUCGCUAGCUUUAGGCCAGCUGGCUCAGAUUAGCAUAUUAGCUGGGUACUAGGACGUAAAUUCACUGUCCUGCUGACCACAGCCGGGGUUAGACCCCCUGAUAUAGAGCUACGCAAUCCCAUUAGUGAUAUUAGCUUGGUUCGUACAUUCACUUAAUCCCAUUCGUCUCAGGAUGCUAAAUAACAAACAGUCCCCAGAGCCGAGGGCAGUGACCCUAUCAUUAGCCACGAUUAUGCUAGCUUUGUAUGGUCAGCAAAUGUGGAUUUUAGCCCCCGUAAAUGGGCUAGUUCUCAACACGUUUGCAUAAAUCAGACAGCUAAUUUGUUCUCAGUUUUUUUAAUGUACAGCAUCAAACUUUCAGGAUGUUUCAUUUCUCGGUUUCUUUUUUCAAACUGAUCAAAGUGAAAGUGCUUUAUCCUUUUAAAUCCUCUUUGUUUCUGUCGCCUUCCUUUCCUGUCUUUGCUUGGUUCUUACUUUAAUCUUCACUAUGCAUAAGCACUUAAGUGCCUGUCCUAUUUCUUAAUCUGUCUGUCUCUCUGCCCCAUUUUAGCACGUAGCACUAACACAUUUGUCAUAGCAGAACAUAACAUGUCUAUUUUUGUGUCUAUUUCCUGGCUGUACAGUGCUAGCAGGAUAACUUGUUUCGGUUUGGUGUAAAAGUCAUCUGUCAGCCAUCGUGGUAUCGAUCCCAGGACUCAAGAACUUUAUCUUCACAUUGUCAUCUGUGCCAAAACACAGCACCACCUCAAGAAAACAGCUUUCAGGUCUCAAGCCAGGACAUUUUGCUUUGUUUUAUGAUUGAGAUGUUUUUUGUUUUGUUUUGUUUUCUUUUGCAUUAUUUUGUCAUUUUGAUUCGAGGCUAGUCUGACAUAUCUCUGUUCACAGUCGGCUCAUGAGACUCUCUCUAAGAUAAAGGUCACUGUGGAAGACUUGCGUGCGCUUUAACCUUGAAUCUGGCUCUGACUUUGACUGGAGGAAUAUAAAAAAUGCAUAGAGAGAAUGAAAUGGCUACCAUGGAGAGCUACAACGUAAGUCACAAGGCUGUUCAGCAUUAAGAAAUAUACACUGCCUUUCUAGAUAAACCAUACCAGUUUUUCAUAUUCUUUCUUUUUAGACCUACUAACCUGAAUGUAUUUUAUUGGGAUUUUAUGUGACAGACCAACACAAAAUGGUGCAUAACUAUGAAGUGGAAGACAAAAUCCAAGUUUUUUUUUUAACCAAUGAAAAAAUGAUAAGCAUGGCAUAAAUUAGUUUUCAGCCCUGGAGGGGAAAGCUUGGAACCACCUUUUGCAGCUUUGCAAGUAUGAAUUUGCUAGCUUUGCACAAAAGCUCAAGCCUAGUCAAGUUGGAUGGACAACAUCUGUCAAUGUUAGUUUUCAAGAAAUGCUUCAGAUUCUCCUUUGUAUUUAUGUCUGGGCCAUUAUACUGAAUAGCCAUGCUUAAGUUUAAACCGUUUCCUUUGCCAUAUGUUUAUGAUUGUUUUCAUCCAGAAGUGUUGCUACUCUUAACAGGUUUUUCUUACAGGAUUUGCCCAUUUUUUUCUUUAUUUUUCUCCGUCUUCAAAUCAACUUGGACCAGUUCACUGUCCCUACUGAAGAGAAGCGUCCAAACAGCAUGAUGUUGCCACCACCACCAUGUUCCACCGUGGUCCGUUCAGGAAACACACUGCUUUAACUUACUAAUACUGGACCUCUGAAGGCCUCACUGAAUUCAAUUUAGAGGUGUUUGAGAGAAGGAAGAUGAAUAUAAAUGCACAUAAUUUUCCUUCCACUUGGUAAUUACGUGGUCAUUUGUGUUGGUCUAUCACACGGUAUCCAAGUAAAACACAUUACAGUUUGUGGCCGUAACAUGAAUAUAAGAAAAACUGAAGGGGGUCUGUACACAUUUUCAAGCUCAUGUGUUCGCCUGCCCACCUACCUUUGGAAAGUUCAUGAACUUCCUCAGUCUGGUCACAUGACUUUUCAGGCUCAACAGAGUAACAAUGCAGCUUUAUUAUGAGCUGAUUGGGAUCUGUGGUUGGAAUUGCUCCUAUUAAUUCAGGAGUGGAAACAAGCAUUUGGGUCUCUAAGGCAGACCCAACACAUUAUUCCAGAAAGUCUGCUUUCCAGUAAACCCACAGCCAAACAGAUGAGCCCAAACCCUAAUGUACUUUUUGGGUCUGUUCUCAUAUUGUAAUGCUGCAAUUUUCAGCCAAAUGCUUCAUUGUAUUUAGUUGUUUUUUUUUUUUAGCCUAGAGGAAAACAGACUCGCUUUCAAACCUGACAAUUAGGCUUAAUAGCGUUGCCCUUCAGAGAACCGUUCAUGGUUCUCUGGGCUGUUCUCGACUGCUUCCACUUUGUCGAACCGCUUGCAUUUCCUUGCAGCUACACAUGGUAAAGUUCUCAACGUUCGCAGGUUUCAUGUCGUGAAUUACGGUAGAGCUCUGGCAGAGGAAGGGGUGUGGGUGGGUGGGCAGUUUAGGUGAAUGUGUGAGUUCACUCACUGCAUUGUUUGCAUUGUUUUUGUUUUUUUUUCUUUUGAUAUUCUGAUGUGCAGAAAAAUUGCGCUGCUGCUUGAUCUGAAUUGUUUUAUCUGCUCCUGCUGCACCCCGAGAGGGAUGGUACUAAAUGGAAAUAUUGUAAAAAUUUACCAUUUGUUGUAGAGCGUUCUACUUCUGUUGCUUGAUAAAAAGAAUUGACUUUAAAAAAAGAAAAAAAAAUCA